AAAGUAGCCAUAUUGAAUGAAUUGAGACGUUCCGCUGUCAACCAUCGCCGUCCAGCCAACUAGGUCCCGAUGAAGACAGCUCCUCGUAAAUUCUACUCCCCACACUUUUCUUCUUCACGAUGGCCGCCAAGGACAUAGACAUUUUCGCUAAUGAAGAGGAACGUUGCCUGGAGCUGGGCGGCCAUGUUGGGUUUGACAGUCUUCCAGACCAGUUGGUCAGUAAAUCAGUCACACAGGGAUUCUGCUUCAACAUCCUGUGUGUUGGUGAGACAGGGAUAGGGAAGUCAACGUUGAUGAACACGCUGUUCAACACACUGUUUGAGGCCGAGGAGGCCAGCCACUACCAGAACGGUGUGUACCUGCGGCCCAGGACCUACGACCUGAAGGAGAGCAACGUUCAGCUCAAACUGACCGUAGUCGACACCGUGGGGUUCGGAGACCAGAUCAACAAGGAGGAGAGCUUCAAACCCAUAGUGGACUACAUCGACACCCAGUUUGAGACCUACCUGCAGGAGGAGAUGAAGAUCAAGCGUUCCCUGUUCGACUACCACGACACCAGGAUUCAUAUCUGUCUCUACUUCAUCGCCCCCACCGGACACUCUCUCAAAUCACUGGAUCUGGUCACCAUGAAGAAACUGGACAGCAAGGUAAACAUCAUCCCCAUCAUUGCCAAGGCAGACACCAUAUCUAAGAGCGAGCUGCACAAGUUCAAGAUCAAGAUCAUGUCAGAGCUGGUGAGCAACGGUGUUCAGAUCCACCAGUUCCCUACUGAGGACGAGGCUGUCACCGAGAUCAACUCCUCUAUGAAUGCCCAUCUGCCCUUCGCUGUGGUGGGGAGUGUUGAGGAGGUUGAAGUGGGGAAUAAGAUGGUGAAAGCCAGACUGUACCCCUGGGGAACUGUACAGGUGGAGAACGAGAGCCACUGUGACUUUGUGAAGCUGAGAGAGAUGUUGCUGAGAGUGAACAUGGAAGACCUGAGAGAGCAGACUCACGCCAGACACUACGAGCUCUACAGACGCUGCAAACUGGAGGAGAUGGGAUUUACAGAUACAGACCCCGACAACAAACCCUUUAGUCUGCAGGAGACGUAUGUGGCCAAGCGGAGAGAGUUCCUGGGGGAUCUGCAGCAUAACGAGGACGACAUGAGACAGAUGUUUGUCAACAAGGUGAAGGAGACCGAGGCAGAGCUGAAAGUAAAGGAGAGGGAGCUCCAUGAGAGGUUUGAGCAGCUGAAGAGGAUGCAUCAGGAGGAGAAGAGGAAUCUGGAGGAGAAGAGGAGUGACCUGGAGGAAGAGAUGAACGACUUCAACAGGAGGAAGGUGGCAGCUGAGACGCUGAUGGGUCAGUCUCUACAGGGAUCCUCACAACCAUUCAGAAAGGACAAGAAGAAUUGAUUCGUGGCACCACAGCAACACCAAGGCAACCAGGAAUGUGUCUCUUCAUCACCAUGGAAACAAGGGACUUAUUUUAUCUUCACUUUUUAUCUUCAGGGACUAUUUCAUUCUCAAAUUGUAUGAAUGGACCCCAAUGACACCUCUUUGACAAUACAUGUGAGAGAGCGAGCGAGAGAAAUGUGUGUGAUGAUGAUGAGUUGGCUGUGAGCCGCUCUGUAUUCAAGGAUCAGAAAGAUGACCUUACACAGUGGACUUCAUGGGCGUGUCCAAAAUGGCCCCCUAUUCCCUACAGUAUACAUGUCUUGUGGAGUCAGCACUGGAGAUCAAAGUGUGCAUCCUAAAUGGCCCACUAUUCCCUAUAUAGUGCACUACUUUUGACCAGCGCCAAGUAGUGCACUAUAUAGGGAAUAGGGUGUAAUUCAGGACGCAGGCGUUCUCUCCAGUGCUGACUCCACAAGACGUGUGAAAACAAAACCUGUGGACUCAGUUAUGAUAACUUUAGUGUAUGUUGUUUUACGUUCCUGGUGUGAAUGUGUCAAUCUACCAUCUGAAACGUACAUAGACAUUAGAACCAGGAAACGUAAGGCUAGGAAGAAAGUAUGUAUAGUUCUAUCUUGGUUUCCAAACUGCUUCUGAAACAGAGCGACAGCUCGCCUUCCAGGCUAAUAUAGUUUACCCAUCACUGUGUCAAAUAUUGACUGUGAACUGUGUGUGUGUGUGUGUGUGUGUGUGUGUUAAUUUGUAUGUGUGUAUUAAUGCCAGCGAAGACAGUUUUUGGAGGAUAUAUUGGCACGGAUGUUGUUAGGCAUUAUCACUUUUAUACAAUGGGCUACCAACA